AUGCAACGUGAUGAGCAGUUUUUACAAAUUGAUAAAGAAGCACAACAAUAUAAAAAAAUGAUUUCUAGUCUUUUUACUAUCAGAAAUACUGAUGAUGAUAUUCAAAUAUUUGAUGAAGAUAUUAUUUUACCACUUAAUAUAUUAGAUAAUGAAACAGAAAAUGAUGAAGAAUAUGAAACUUUAGCAAAUUGGAUUGAACUUAUUGAAGAUGAAGUUCAAGAUUUAGAAAUAGAAAAAACAAAUGUAAAUGAAAACUUUGAUAUUACUGUAGCUAAUAUUUCUCAAAUAGUACAUCCUGUAAAUGAUAUACAAGCAAAAUGGAAUUUAUGUGAUAUAUUUGCAAAUAAUUUAGAAUUUCCCAAUUAUUUAGGAAGUUUUGUAACAGGAACAAUUAAUAAAUAA